GGGCUUGACUACAGCUCGUCGAAAAACCUCAAAUUGAAGAUCACGAAAACUUGACAUUGCCCUAUAAAAUGUCCAACCGCCUUUUCAAGCCUCGGUCGGCUGUGUGCCGCAUGUGCGAUUUCAUAACUUCUCAAAAGCUCUCCUUGAGACAACAACGUUGCCUUUCGAAAGCCAUUAACACCAUUUCUCCUCGUACGUUUAUCACCACUUCAAGAAAACGAUUAAGCAAACCACCAAAUUCCGCCCCUUUCGAUUCUUCGCAAAAACCCUCCGGUUCGAAUCCAGCUCAUGCACAAUCAUCGCGGCGGCAUAUUACAGAAGCAGAACUGGCACAAGAACUAAGGCAUGGAGUCCAGGCCUGUAGUAAAUUACUCUCAGAAACUGUCCCUUCAGAAAAGGCUAUUCUGAAUGUUCUCCAUACCUGCCGUUUAAUUGCCGCAGAUGUUGCUGGGGAACCCGCCAAAUCAUCAGAAGUAAGGAAGGAUGUAACCGCUGCGGCGUCUUUACUUUCUUUGGCUGAUCGAGGUUCGAGGGAGUUACGAGUCCAAAAGCUAAACCGCGAGACCCAGUUUCUAGUGGAUGAGCUCUCACAAGCCCUAUUUUCGAUUGUCUCUAACGAGGCUAUCUUCAUAUCACCAGAGAUUUUGGAACUAUACAUCAGCGCACAAUCAUGUCUAGGAAAACCAGAGACGUUCCCAGGAGUAUUUUAUUUAUAUGCGAACAAGCCGAUACCGGUUGAGGGUUCCAGGCCGAUACAAUUCAAAAAUCCAAAUCCAAACAAGGUCAACAAUGCCAUCCCAAUUGCCGUGGCAGAUCAAGCUUUACAGACAGCGAUUGAUGCGAGGGAACUGGAUGUAGCUAUGGAUAUCAUUGAUACGGCGUAUGCGCAAAAAGCAUUUCGCCGUGCGAAAUUUAUCCGGAAAGGAUUAUUACCUGCCACUGGACUUGCCAUUGCACCUAUUGCAGCAUAUGGCGUUGCAUCACAACUUGCCAUGUUCCAAAACACUAUGGAACCAGGCAUGGCUACAAACAUUGCAUUCGCUGGAAUAUUAGCAUACAUGGGUUUUACGACUACCAUUGGUGUGGUAGCUGUGACGACAGCUAAUGAUCAAAUGGAUCGCGUAACUUGGGCCCCUGGUAUGCCAUUAAGGGAGCGCUGGAUUCGUGAAGAAGAGCGGGCUGCGAUAGAUAAAGUCGCCGGAUCAUGGGGUUUUCAUGAAAAAUGGCGGCGUGGAGAAGAAGAGGGUAAAGACUGGGAUCGGCUAAGACUAUGGAUCGGCAAUAAAGGAAUGUUGCUUGAUGCGGUGGAGCUUAUGGAAGGUAUGGAGUAGAUGAGCUUUUAGGGAGGUACGGAUGAAUUACCUUUACCUUAAAUAUCUGUCGAUAUUGACGGCCUGCUGGUUUCGCUAGCGCAGAACUCGCUCAGAUAUGAUAUUGGAAGCUUAUCAUUGAGCCUCUCGGCCUUUGCAGACUUUUCAAAUGCCUUCCUUUGCUAUUUAAAACGUUUAGUGUAGCCUGAACUAUUUUGCGAGCGCAAAACGCAAGUCAAGACGAUAGAUAUAUAGGUGGGACCUAGUUGACAUGUACCCAAUUGAAUGCAGACUUUUCAACACGAUGUGUCUUCAUAAAAAUUGGUUGUAAACUAAGUUCACCGGUUUCGCAAGCGAGGAGACGGCUUCAAAUAUCUUCCACAAUAAAGCAUAAUAUUUUCUUAUAAAUAUUUACCAGUCCCACG